UUAUCUCGUAUAAACCCUUAUUUAGUCUACUUGCCUUUUCCUCUUCUUCCCGCUCAGCAUCCCUCCUUCUCGUCUCAUCUCGCCUCAUUCCUCUGCUUUGGCAUGGCCAACACCAGUCCUCAGACUCCUGUUCAGGAUAUCCAGGAGCCUUCGUCGCUGAAUUCUUCCUACGUGACCAUUGAAACGCUUCCCACCAUGCCUCUACCAGAGUCCCUUCACUCCUCCAACCAGACGACCCUCGACUCCGCCAAGAAGAGCCCAUCAAAGACCAGAUCCUCGGUAGACACGCCAGCCCGAACGUCCCACAGAUCGCACAAACUUCAUAAAGAUGAUAGGGUUGACUGGGUCGAUGGCAAACGUCCAAAGGGCUAUCGGACGCCCGAGGGAAGAGAGGCGGCCGAAAAAUCCAAGCAAUACAAGGCUGGGACGACGAUCCCUCACCUCGUCCAUCCCUGCACGACUUAUGAGGGUGUCCUCAAGCAUGCUUUCCUAGGAGCCAUCCGGUCAUUUGGUGUAUCAUACGGGACCAAGGCAUUGGUGAAUCUGUGUCUGGGCAUGUUGAAGCUGAUGAACGGAAAAGGCUCGUUUGGUCGAAUCGUCGCUGAUGCAUUCACAGGACGUGAUGCAGUGCGGUUUGGAUCCUUCUUUGGCAUGUUUUCAUUCCUGUGGAAACUGGCCAACAACGGCCUGAAACUCUACCGCGGGAAGGACGACAGGAUCAAUGGAGCCAUCGCCGGAGCAAUUGCUGGCCUUGCCAUCUUGAUCGAGAGUCAUGAAAGAAGGGUGACCUUUGCCCAGCAGAUGUUCAUCAGGUCUAUGCAGGGAGUCUACAAUGCUGGCAAGCAUCGCGGUCAGUUCUCGUUCCGCCAUGGCGAUGCCUUGUUAUUUGCACUCGGCUCCGCCCAAGUGAUGUACGCGUACACAAUGCAUCCGGAUACGAUCCCUAGGGAAUUCUUUGGAUUCAUGCUCAAGACAGCGCGUGUACCUGAAGAGGCACUAGCAUUCAACCGCACGCGUGUCCGUGGGUUCCCUCUGGAUCUGAAGCAGGUCAGAGAACUGAUUGGCCGGUAUAGACCUACAGACCUGGCUAUCCAGACGGUCUCGACCAUGUCAGAGACAUGCGAUGCGCUUCCCUGUGCGGUCCUGCAUCCAUGGAUCGACUCGUGCAUGACAAAUGACAUUGAACGAUUCGUUCAGGUGACAAAGGGAAUCUUCCCUGUCUACGCGACACUCAAUUUCGUCCCUCUGGUCGUCCUCAGGAUGAAGAGAUUGAUGAAAGAUCCUAUCAAUGUGGCUUCUAAGACGACGUUCAACACACUCCGCUCUUCCGUCUUCCUGGCCAUCUUUGUUGCAGGAUACCAAACCCAGAUUUGUGCGCACCGUAAUCUCUUGAGAGCAGGGUGGCCUCUGGGUAAUAGCAAGUACCUUUACGGGCUGUUUGGCCUCGUAUGCGCGGGAACGUCCAUUAUGGUUGAGCAGGAGAGUCGACGCGCAGAACUUGCUAUGUAUGUCUUGCCAAAGGCUGCUACAAGUCUUUACAAGAUCCUGUACCGCAAGAACUGGGUCAAGGGCGUCAAGCACUGGGAGGUCAUGAUGUUCUCUUUUGCCAUGUCUCUUAUCAUGUCUUUCUACCAGCAGGAAGAGCAGGUUCUAUCGCCCUUCGUUACAAGACUCAUCUACCAUGUCCUCGGCAGAAGUUGAAUACUGCAACAGCAUCAUAGGGACAUCCUACAUAUACCACAGCAUAGCAGAAUAGAGAGCCUGUAGAGCGUUAUCUGUGAGACGAUGUCCCUAUUUUUUGUGUUUAUAUGCUGGACUAUGUUUGGCUGUUAUGUCAAAAGUUUCCACGCCCCUGAAUCAUGUUUCUUUUUUUUU